AUGCCGUCGAUUGUCAAAUCCCUUUCCGACGUUUUCACUUCGCUCCUUGAGCUCGUAUGGUCCUUCUUCACCACUGCCGGCGAUCUUGUCCAGAAGACUGCCUCUUUCAUCCUCAAGUUCUUCUCUGAGAUCAUUGGCCUGUUUGUCAACUUCUUCAGGGGCCUGGUUGACCUUGCUGGCGGCAUUGUUGGGUUCGUGCUGGGCAACGUUCUUAUGCUUGGCGUCCUUGCUGCAGUUGCAUUUGGCUUUCUGCAGUACCAGCGCAACCAGGGCAACACCGUCAAGGUCGGCAACAAGAAGCUCAACUAG